AUGAAGACAGACGUUGCGGGCGCCCCAGGCAGGCGGGCAAGCCUCAAAGGAGAUGCGGAGAAAGAAACUCCGGCCACAGAGCCCUUGAGCAAGGGAGAGAGCCUGGUCUGGGAGGAAGAGGACGGAAGAGCCACCCUGACCUUGACUUUCACCCUCCGGGAAGCCCGCAAGGCCGGCCUCGCCAAGGCAGUCAGAGUCUUCGAGACUUUUGAAGCUGAAAUCCAUCACCUUGAAACCAGACAAGCCAAAAACCCCACGCACACUACUGAGGUCCUCGAUUUUUUUGUCAGAUGUGAUGUUCAUAAUUCUGAUGUCAGCAUCCUUAUAAACUCUUUGAAGAAAGUGGCAGACGAUGUGAAAACUCACAGAGAAGAGCGAGUCCCAUGGUUUCCAAAGAAAAUGCGAGACCUUGACAAGUGCCACCAACUAAUCAACAAGUAUGAACCUGAUUUGGAUCAUGGCCAUCCUGGAUUCACAGACCCAGAAUACAAGAAACGGAGAGCCUUCUUUACAGACCUGGCCUUCAACUACCGAGCGGGAGACCCUUUGCCUAGAGUUGAGUACACUGCCCAGGAGACUGCUACGUGGAGAGAGGUGUAUGGGAAACUGAGCAGCCUCUAUGCUACCCAUGCCUGUAAGCAGUACCUGGAGGCCUUUCAGCAGCUGGAGAAAUGCUGUGGAUACCAAGAGGACAGCAUUCCGCAACUUCAGGACGUUUCCAGAUUUUUAAAAGAAAGAACAGGCUUUCAGCUGAGACCAGCUGCAGGGCUGCUGUCUUCCCGGGACUUCCUGGCCAGUCUGGCAUUCCGUGUAUUUCCGAGCACACAAUACAUAAGGCAUUCCUCUUCCCCUAUGCAUUCCCCAGAACCGGACUGCUGCCACGAAUUGUUGGGUCACGUUCCCAUGUUAGCUGACAAAGAAUUUGCACAGUUCUCACAGGCUAUUGGACUGGUUUCUCUUGGAUCAUCUGAUGCUGAGAUUGAAAAACUGGCAACACUCUAUUGGUUUACUAUUGAGUUUGGCCUCUGUAAAGAAAAUGGUUCCAUCAAAGCUUAUGGGGCAGGACUUCUUUCAUCUUAUGGGGAGCUUGUGUAUGCUUUAUCAAACAAGCCAGAACACAAACCGUUCGAACCUGAACUGACUGCAAUUCAUGCCUAUCAAGAUCAGACCUUUCAGCCUGUCUAUUUUGUAGCAGAAAAUUUUGAAGAUGCCCAGGCCAAACUCCAAAAAUAUGCUCUGAAGAUCAAGAAGCCCUUUUUUCUUCACUAUGAUCCAUUGACCUGCAGCGUAGAGGUUUUGAAUACAGCUCAGAAAAUCAAGAACACACUUGGUCAAAUGAAACAGGAAGUGAAAACCCUCUGCUUUGCCCUUGAAAAAAUGUCUUAAAAGCCUGUCUUUAGCUGGUGCUGCAAUAUGUACAAAUCACUCUAGAACCUGCAGAUUUCUAAUGGCGAAACUGUGUAUUUCUGAAGAUCCUAAUUUAUGAGUAGCUGAGUCAAGCUAAUCACCUCAAUGAGUCAAACUACAAGAAUCUUAGCCACAUUAAUUACUUGCUAUAGUCUGGUUCGAUGAUAAGCAAUAAAAUCUUCUA